AUGAGCGUUGCUUUUUCCCCUGACGGUGAACUCCUGGCAACAGCCUCCACUGUAGUGACUGCUUCGGGCGAUGGGAAGGCAAAGACUUGGAGCGCAGUGACAGGGAAGCCUUUGUUGGAUUUGGCUGGUCAUGCGGACUGGCUUCGAAUGGCGGCGUUCUCGGUCGAUGGUGGCUUGAUUGUUACAGCAUCCAAAGAUGGUACUGCCAAAGCCAGCUUCUCAGCACAUCAAGCACUGACUGGAUGCUGAAUCUGCAGUGGCCUUGAGGUAUGGAGGGCUGAUAAUGGCGAGUGUGCCUGGGAUUGCGUCCAGUGUCUCAGCACUCUCAGGAAACUUGCAUCUCAUUCGCAACUUUAGGCAUCCGAACACUGGAUGGACACAAAGCUUGGGUGAGAUGGGCAGCCUUUUCCCCUGGGCAGAACCGAAGACUGUCUGUGGGCUUCGGUGGACUUUGACAAUCUGAGGGUGAGAGUUUUGAGCCUUCAGGACGACAAUGGAACUCCUGCUUUGAAUCGGGAGUGACGCGAGUGACGCAACAGCCUUUGUCAUCUGAAGAACUUCGGCAGGUGACAUU